AAGUAACAAAAAAUAAAUUAAGCUCCGACUUCCCGUGCAACGUAGCCACAACUCGAACCAGAGCAACCGAUUUUUUCAUCACUCCCUUCUUCACCAUAUCCUCGUUUUCCUCUCUUUCUCUCUCUAGAAGAGAGCUAUGGUUCAAACUUCUCUCUCUAUACUCUCUUCAACAUCUCCAUCUCCAUUUCCUUCAAAUUUCAACUCCGAUUCACCUUCCACCUCGUUUCAUUCCUUCCGACGAAUUCCUCGUUUUCCGAAUCUCAAGGUCUUCUUAUCGAAGCAGCAGCUAUUGGUCGAUAAUAAUGACUCGGCAGAGCAAUUUUUGGGGAAUAAUUCGAUUGCUGAUUUCAUGAGGUUUAAACAAGGUACUAGCGCCGAUGAUAGAGUUAGCACCGCUGAGUUGCAAACCGCUGUUGUUACUUAUAAGAAGAAGUUCCCUUGGUCUCUUCUUCAACCUUUUCUCCAGGUUGAUUUGGUGUCGACAAUACACAUUGCUGAUAAAGAGUAUUUUGCUGCCCUACAAAAAGAACUUGAACCAUAUGAUUGCGUUCUCUAUGAGAUGGUAGCCAGCAGAGAAAGUUUGGAGAGUAGAAGAGGUUCUAGUUCUCUUUCUAGAAAGAAAUUAAAAAGCUCAAGAUCACGGGGAUUUAAUAUUAUUGGAUUCAUCCAAAGGCAGAUGGCAAGAUUUCUCACCCUUGAUUUCCAGCUAGAUUGUCUUGACUACGAGGGUGAGAAUUGGUACCAUGCAGAUCUUGAUUUUGAGACCUUCAAGUUACUCCAGCUUGAAAGAGGUGAGAGCUUCUUCACAUUUGCCAGAGAUAUGACACUUAGAUCAACAAAAGCACUUGUGCAACCUACAAUUCCAGAAGAUCUUGGCCCUUGGAGAUCCAAACUUCUAUGGGCUUCUCGGGUGCUGCCGAUGCCUCUUGUUGGACUUCUUAUCAUUGGAGGUGUUUGUGCGGAUGUGAAAAGCCCGGCAUCUGAAUAUCCUGAACUAGAAGCCUUGUCCAGACUUGAUUUUGGUGCUGCAAUAAAGGUCUUCCUGGCAAAGCGACUAACAUCCGAAUUCACACAGGUCACAGCUGAUGUAGAGGCGGAAUCUGUCAUCAUCGGAGAGAGAAACAAAGCUGCAUUAGAAGCACUUCAAAGAGCAAUGGACGAAGGUCAUAACAAGAUUGCUAUCCUUUAUGGUGGUGGGCACAUGCCAGAUUUGGGACGGAGGCUGCGAGAAGAGUUUGACCUUGUCCCUUCUCAGGUACAGUGGGUAACUGCCUGGUCCAUAAGGAACCGCGACCUAACAACCAGUUCACUUCCUUUCUUGAAACAGAUGGCAGAAGUUUCGGGCUGGCCUCUAAAUCGGUAUCAGACUUUAGCCCUGCUAAUUUUUUCUUCUGUUCUUGCAUUGGAUCUUUGGUUUUGGGAACUCUUUUUUGGCACCACAGCUAAUUGGAUUUCUCAUGUUGCAUCAGACAUUUCUCAAUAUGUUCAUCUGCACAAUUGAUGUAAUUAAAUUGAUUGAAACAAUCGGAUCAAUAAAAGCCUUGUGUACAUAUUUUACGAUUCUAUUGUUAAAUUUUAUUUACGAACA